AUGUCGGGUAUACACAGACAAGCAUUGAAAUCAUUACAACCCGAUAUGCAAAAUGCACUAGUGAUCGGCAUAAUUGUGCACAGCUUUAAUAUGAAAACGAUUGAUGCUACGCGAACGAGAUUUAAUAACGGUGAGCGCGCCGUAUGGACGUUUACUUUACGCGAUUCAGAAAAAGAUUCCAUAAAUGUAACCGCAUGGGGUAGCGCGCAAUUUGUUAGAAAAUUAUCUUCCGAUUUUCAUAUUGGGAGCGUAGUGGAGGUGAUCAAUCCAAAAGUGACGGAGCGUCGUCCGGAGGACAGAAAUGAACUUUUUGUGCCUACGGUGUCCAGUCCGUGUAGGCUAACAGUGAAUGAGGGCAACGCGCUGGUGCAAAUUCAUGAUGCACCAACACGUGCAGCAUAUGAACUUUUGCUGAUGCUCCCGAUUAAGAACCUAACCGGGCUGCGAACCCUGAAAAGCAUUUUUGAGAACCUGGAAGCGCUACGCGAUCAAUAUCUUGACGUCUUGAUCGUCGUUACCUUUAUUAGUGAUGUUCGUAACGUCAUAACGCGUGACGGGAGAAGCAUAAAGUUCCGUAGCUUUGAAGCAUCAGAUGGAACAACAGGCGAAGUGGUGUCCUUAGUACUCUGGGAAAACGAAUGGAUCGAAAGAGCAGCGCUCUGGGUGCCCAAAAGCACCGUAAUUCUCCUCAUAGAUGCUCAUAUCGCUUACGAUAAUUUUAAAAAGAAAAUUGCCUUAUGUACAGGUAGAAAAACAAUCAUCACUGAGAAUCCUAGCAUACCACAAACUGCGACUGUAAGAAACGCGGUACAAUAUUACGAGAACGACAUUAUGUCCGGAAAUUUCGUGACACCAAAUCCUAGUACGAUUACAAGCGUGAUGACCAUACAAGACAUAUCGAACAAGCUGAACAAAAAACCGACACAGGGAGAAAGAAUUCAAUUUGCAAUAAUUUUAAAGGCAUACGUGAUGGAUAUAAAUGUGGAAAGCACAAACCCUGGCGUACUAUCCACUAGAUGUGCGUUAUGUAAGAAAAUCAUUCUCAACGAUCGAGAUUCGUGCAUGAACCUCGAAUGUCCUUCAGGUAAUGGCACUCGCGUGCCUAUGAACGUAAUGAGCCUUAAUCUAAAAGUCAAUCUGAAAGAUAACACGGGAUAUCUUAUUGGCUGUCGAUUAUUUGGAAAAACAGCUGAGUGCGUUCUUGGUUGUGCGGCUAAUGAAUUUCAGGCUAUGAUACCUUCUCAACGCGCUGAAUUAAAAUGGAAAUAUGUGACGAAAAGGUGCAACAUCCGGUUGCACGUACUUGGUCCAACAUCGACUUUUUCAAACGCUAUAUACAAUAUUUUAUCGAUUUGUGAAAUCGAAGAGGAUGACGACGAGCAUACUCAACCGAUUGAUGAACACUUUGAAUCGAAUGACUAUUAA